AUGGCUUUCGGCGUCCUUGAAAGUAAUGCUUCUGAGCAACCUGCUGGGACUGUCUUCCUCGAAGACUCUCAAGAUGGCAUGCACACAAUCUUGGUGCCUUCACCCUCCAACUCUCCCAAUGACCCUCUCAACAUGUCACGAAUCCGAAAGGAGCUGUACUUCUUGACCCUCCUCUUUGGUGCCUGCGUAACUGGCGCUCUUGGUCCUGUCCUCGUUCCAGCUUUCGGCAUUGUGUCGCAGACCUUCCAAACACCUCUCUCGAAUGUGGCUCUACUCAACGGGUCGCUCAUCCUUGGUCUGGGCGUGAGCUCUUAUUUUUCGGCAAUCAUUUCAGAUCUCUGGGGUCGCAGGAUCAUUUUUGUCCUGACUUCAAUCUUGCUGGUAGUGUCCAACAUCUGGGCGGCUGUUUCGCAAGGAUACGGGUCACUCCUGGCAGCCCGUGUAUUCCAGGGACUGGCCAUGGGACCAUGCUUUUCUCUGGCUGGUACAUCUUGCGUGAAUGACGUCUUCUUUCUUCAUCAGAGAGGUCGAAGGGUCGGUCUGUGGAAUUUUGCCGUCAUUGUCUCUGUCAACAUCGCCCCGGUCAUCAGCGGGUAUCUCAUUGUCGACAUGGGCUGGCGAUGGGCCUUUUGGUUCCUUGCUGUCGCUUUCGCUGUUGGAUUGAUCAUGGUGGUCUUUUUCCUCCCCGAGACCAAAUGGGACAGGGACGAAGUUAUAUCAGGUGGAAAUGAAAAGACAGAUGAAAAGGUUGCCGUCGAGACUGCACCAGUUGUCGAGUCGGUCACUCCAUGGAAGAAGAUCUGUGGAGUCCAACAUCUCCAAUUCGCCAGCGCACAAGAACUACUGCCCAGUCUUGUCAGCCCUAUUCUUAUGCUUCGACAUCCUGUUGUCAUCUGGGGUUGUAUCAUGUGGUCAAUCACCUUUACCUGGGUCAUUGUUCUUGGCACUGUAGCUGACCAAAUCUUUGGCGCUCCACCAUACAGCCUCGACCCAACCCAGGUCGGACUCGUCAUUGGCAUAGCUCCUCUUGUUGGAUCUGCCUUGGGAACGUUGAUCUCUGGUUGGAUGUCUGAUCUUGCCGCUCACUACAUGUCCGUAUUCAAUGGGGGUCUGUACGAGCCUGAAUUCCGACUUGUUGUCAUUGUGCCUUCUGCAAUCACCAUGACUGUAGGAGCUUUUGGCCUUGGCGAUGCAAUUGACCAUGCCAGGCCGACAAUGGUCUGUUGCGUCUUUCUGGCCCUGAUCAACUUUGGCGUUGGCGCAGGCUGUACGGGUAUCGUGACGUAUACCAAUGAUGUGUGUAUGGAUCGUGCGGGCAGCGCAUUCGGAUUGGCAAUGCUUAUCAAGAGCUCGUUCGCAUUUGGUCUUACCUUUAUGCUCAACAAUUAUUAUGCCACAAAAGGGCCGAUGGUCUUCUUUAGUACCUGGGGAGGUUUGACUCUGGGUAUCUGCCUGACAACUGUUCCGCUGUACGUAUUCGGAAAGAGAAUUCGAAGCUGUAUGGGUCGAUAUUGA